AUGUGGGAAGUAUACGCGUCGAAUCCGACGAGCAGCCUAUUCAAGAUCGAGACGAGACGAGAGAUGGAGUCCCCGGCCUUCACCGUCUGUCCCCGACCCGGAGUCUCGGACUCACACCUCGCGAGCAUGGGCCUCCACAUCGGGAACCUCGACUCCAAAAACGCGAAAUACAUCCAGAGAGAUGCGAGGAAGACGGUGUACGACGUGUUCCGCGAAACCCGGGUGCGAAUCCAAGACAUUUGGCUCAAUUCCGUGGCGAGAGGGAGAAGCGACGACAACAACGCUAACUGCAACGUCGUCUACGCCGUUUCUUACGAUCGCCACGGGCGGGAGAUUCUUCACACUCCUUGCGGGAGAUGGGAGGAGACGUUGUUCUCAUCGAGGAUAUUUUGCAUGUUGGAGUUUUGCUGGUGCUAUACCCUCUAUCCAAACAUCACCAUGAGGAUGGGUGCCGAUUCCGGAGUGAUUUCUCUGUCCUUCAACACGACUAUCCUGAUGAAUAGAUUGGAGUCUCUGGAGGAAGUGAACGUGUUCGUGGACGACCCGAGGUUGGCUGGGACUGAUCUCAGGUUCCUCACGUUGGGGAAACGCAUCACGCUGCACGGUGGCAGUUCGGUUUUCCUCCACGCCUCUUUGAGGGAAAUGCAUCUCCUGGACAAGACCAAAGAACCGUGCGACGAUCGACCAUCAUAUAGCCAAGUCAAGUGUGUAUCUGCUUGUCUGGAUGGGUUAUUAAUGGAGAGAGUGAAAUGCGUGAUCCCGGACAUGAUGUACGGCGGGAAAGCGACCGGCGAAGGGAAGCCCAAAUGCAAUUCCUCUGAGGAAGUGGGGGAAUUCAUGGGAAGAGUUGCUCGAUUCCGCGCGGAAGCCGAAAGCGAACUUCGCAACUGCUCCUGCCCCCAGCCGUGUCUCCUCAGAGAAUAUCAUCUCAGCCAAGUUCCUGGUUCCAUUUCUCGCCUCACCUCGGAUCCUCACCGAAUUUUCCUUGACAUCCAAUUCCCCACCACCAAGGUGGAGACGUUCAAGGAGCAGCCAGCGACGUCUUUGGUCGAGAUCCUGUCGGAAAUCGGGGGAUGCGUCGGGGUCUGCCUCGGCCUAUCCAUUCUCACAGUAUAUGAGAUCCUGGAAGUCUCAUUCUUCUUUCUUUGUUCUCGGGUCAAAGGCUUCUAA